CCAGCUCCGCCGCGGCCGCGGGCAGCAGGCUGUAUCAGAUUCUCAAGACCAAAGCUACCAAGUGCUUCCAGAAAAUGGCAGGGAGAAAAGUCCUGAUAGUCUAUGCACAUCAAGAGCCCAAGUCCUUGAACGGAUCUUUGAAGAGAGUUGCUGUGGAAGAAUUGAGCAAGCAGGGCUGCAGUGUCACGGUGUCUGAUUUAUAUGCAAUGCAGUUUGAGCCAAGAGCAACAAGAAAUGACAUUGUUGGUUGCUUGCACAACUCAGAAGAGUUCAAUUAUGGUGUGGAGACAUGGGAAGCUUACAAGAGAGGAGGUUUGUCCAACGAUCUGAUUGAAGAGCAAAAGAAGGUGCAGGAAGCAGACUUACUGAUUUUUCAGUUUCCCUUGUAUUGGUUCAGCAUGCCAGCCAUCAUGAAGGGCUGGAUGGACAGAGUCUUGGUGCAAGGAUUUGCUCACGAAUUUCCAAACUGUUAUGAUUCCGGUUUGCUCAAGAACAAAUUAGCCCUGUUUUCUUUCACCACUGGAGGAAGCAAAGAGAUGUAUGCAAAAGGAGGUAUCAGUGGUGAUAUUCGCUAUAUCCUGUGGCCCAUGCAGCAUGGAAUCAUGCACUUUUGUGGUGUCAAAGUCCUUGCACCUCACAUCUGUUUUGCUCCGGAGUAUGUCUCUGAGGAGAAGAGGAAGGAGAUGCUGAUUGCCUGGGCCCAGCGUCUGAAGACUCUUUGGAAGGAAGAACCCAUAAGCUGCUCUCCUGAGUGGUAUUUCAAGGAAUAUGCUGCCCAUACUCAACCUUGUUAUGGCCAAUGCUGUUCUUUUAAAUGAGAGCUCUACACUUGUGCCUUUGAGCUAUGAAGCCAGAUCAUGAAUAAUGCAAAAGGAUGUACAGUUGCACAGUGACUUAGACAGCUAGAAAGCCUUGUGGACAGCCUUAGGUUUUUCCACAUAUUUACAAAGCAAGAUUAAAGCUAUGGGAGAUACCUGAAAAGGAAAAAACCAAAUACAAGUACCAUAUAGCAGUAUGUGCAUGUAUUGCCUUUCUUUAUAGAAUGUAGCUCCCAUUUGUAAAAGCAUGUAGUUUCCUAAAAUCAAAGGCAGUCUUCUAUUUUUGUUACCCUAAGUAGAAACAAAAAGGAAUCCUGUCUGUUCACUGCCCCUUUACACCAGUCAGUAUUGCUGUUUGGGUCUGGAGGGCUGGGUGCAUCCCCUCCGGCAUCAGUGUAGAUGGGCUUCCUUGGAGAUCUCCAGCACUGGCAGCUGGCAAGGCAGAACGCCUACCCGAAAACCUGCAGGAGCACUGUCUGUUUACGAGCCAGGAUCUACUGGGACAAAAUGACUGUCUAGCUCUUAACAUCCAUGAUUUUUACCUUGAACUUUAGCAGGAUUAUUUUUGUGCUUGAGAGCUGUUAACCCUUUUUGUGCAUAUGGCAAAGGGUGGGUUUCUUGCUUAGCUGCACAAUUUCUUGCUUUGAUCAGCUUACCUAACAGCUGGCUUUGCACUUCGAUAUUAAAAGAAUGUGGCCUGAAUAAGAAACGGUCUUCUGAAUCACUG